GGGUAACCCAUGUCUUGCAAUAUUUGAGCAUCCUGUCAUUCCUCUGUUUGUGUUCACUUCUUCAACAUCACCAGCCCUAAUGCUACUGGACGGGUAUGAAGCUCACAUCUUGGGCGAUCUGCUCGUUAGCACUCGCUGCUGGAGUGCUUGGCGCUGACAGACCUGAACUCUUCAAGAGUCUACCCCGUUGUACUAUCUCAUGUCUUGAAAAGUAUGAUAACUCGGAUUUCGAAGCCGUUGAUAUGUGCAACAACGGGAAUGUCAAGCAGGAGCUAGAUGACUGCUUCGCAGACAAAUGCCGCGAUUUCGAAAGAUUCGAUAUUGCAAAGAUCUAUGCAAAUGCCUGUGACAGCAAGCCAAAAGACAACCGGCAUAAUCACUAUGUUCUGUUAGUUGCAGAGAUACCAGCAUGGAUCUCUCCUUGGCUUAGGCUGUAUUCGAGCUGGGUUACGUACGAGAGUCUUUCUCUGGAUGACUAUGUAAUGGUAGUUUGUGGAUUGUUAUACACUGUCUUUGCAACUCUGAUUCACUUUGCCCACUCUGUGACAGGAGAUACAAUCUUAUGGAAUGCGGUUCCAGAAUACAUUACAGACGGAUUAAAGCUUGUUUUCAUGGCCGACAUCUUUGAGCUUGCCUGCUCGUGUCUACUUAGAGUCGCGAUCCUUCUCGUAUGCCUGCGCACAUCGUUUUCUGGCAGAUACAUAGUGAUCACAGCCGCGACCCUUUUACUCACCAUCCUCUCUUCGAUUGCUCUGGCCCUAUUGAGAGUAUUCCGAUGUUCACCAAUUGCAUUCGCCUGGGAAGGUUGGGAACCAAAUGGAAGAGAUGAGGAAACAGGAGGUUGCUUGGCUCAGGAAUCACUUGCAUAUGCGGCUUCCUCGAUCGACAUGUUCCUAAACCUGGUGCUCCUUGCUAUGCUUUCUCACCUGAUCUUUAGUCGAAUUGUAAAUGACACAACAUCUUGGUUGCAAAGCGCUAUCGCAGUUGCGUUGGGAGCAUUCGGUCUGGCUGUAUCCAGUUUUCGACUGCACCUUCUGAUCUAUUUCUUCAAGACGGCGCAACCAGUUUGGAGAUACCACGAACGAAUCGUUUGGAUGGACGUUGAAAUUUCGAUCUUGAUUAUAUGGGCAUGCCUGCCUAUAUGGCAGUCCUUUACAGAUCCGGUGCCUCCGAGGGAUGUGGAAGAUACCAACCACCUGCCACAGAUAACAGAAGAGACCAAUAUGCCGGAAACACCGUCAGCCGAUACGAAGAUGCCGAGGCCGAGUCUAUGUCAGAGGGGGUUGUUCGGGAUCUUGGCAAGGGGACGGCCGAAGAAACUAGUCGAGUCGAACUUACAGCUGGGAGACAAAACUUACGGAAACGUCAGAACAGAGAUUCAAGGAGGCCAGAGGUUUUCUAUGAUCUCCCAAUUGACGGGCAUGAUUGGUAUCCAGGUCCGAACGAGGACGAUUAGGCAUGUGCACGACAGUGGAUGGGACGCGGAGAAGGGAUCAGCAAGAGAGAAUAUAGAGGCUGCCUAACGAUUAAUGAACUCAAAAAUCAAUAAUGAAUAGUAAUUCUUCAUCAAA